AUGGCCGAAACGUCGAUCACUCGAGAUGAGGGUAUCGCCUACCUGGAGGAAGAAAUAUCGGAGGCAUACGAAGGGGAUGAGACUUAUGAGCUAGCCUAUAUUCUAAAACGAUUGAUAGCUGAGGAUGGCAUCACUCCUCAGGGAGCAGCACAGCAAAUCGACUCGUACUAUGAGGAUGAUCUCCUGCCUUCACAGCCAAUAUUGCAGAAGGAAAAAGCAAAGGGGAUGAUCAACCUUUUGGGUGCUCUGGACGACUUAAUCUGCGGUCUUGGGUCGGUGCUUCAUUAUAAUGACGUCCGACAGGAUGCCUUGAUUCAAUUGAUCCUUGAGCUCCGCAAACUUCCACCUCGACAGGUUGUGAUCGGAGAUAAUGAAUGCACUGAUUAUAAAGAUAACCCGAUAUUUGUUCGGCAGGUUUAUGAGAAUUGGAAUGGGUAUCAAGUGUAUGAUUCGUUACCUGGCACUCCAUUGGAGGUCCAGGAGUCGUGUGAUAAGUACGUGAAUUGGUCCUCAUUCAUUGCACGCUGUACCAGUGCCGGUUUCCUGGCCGAUAAAGAGGGCUACGAAUAUAAAUACUCCACUGUCGAUAUUAGCAGUGGUCUCGAAGAAGAAAUCCCUCAGGGUAAAAUACGGAAUGCUCGGAUUCUGGCUGCUGCCAACUAUAUACUUUUGGCUGGGUCUGGUAUCAGAAAUUAUUGUCAUAGUUAUUCAUCAGACAGUGAUAGGAGAAGAAGAGCGUGGGAGAUGUGGAAUGUGUGGAAAGAAAAGUUUGAAGCGAUUGCUAAUGGGCAGGAUGAGGACCCCGAUAUCAAAAAUGCGGCCGAGAAAGCUCACGCUGUGAUGGUAGAACUAGAUGCAUCAGGUCAUGAUGCUCCUGAGAACCCUCCUUGA